GUCGUGAGCAAGCUGCACUAACUGGAGAGCGACUUAAACAACUCGAGCUACCUUAUUCUCGUAUUGUGUACUCCACCAUGACCCGAGCAACAGAAACGGCAAAGAUAAUCAGUGGAAAGUUGAGUUGUGUAAAAGACGUGGAACAUUGUGACCUACUGAGAGAGGGUGCACCCUUUCUACCUGAGCCUCCCAUCAAUGGGUGGCAGCCAGAAAUGCAUGAAUUUUACGUUGAUGGUGCUCGUAUUGAAGCUGCCUUUAGGAAGUAUUUUCACCGUGCUUCAUCGUCUCAGGAAAAGGACAGUUACGAGGUGUUUGUGUGUCAUGGGAAUGUCAUCAGAUAUUUUGUGUGCAGAGCCUUGCAACUUCCUCUUGAAGCUUGGUCACGUAUGACGGUGAACAAUGGAAGCAUGACAUACCUCAUUAUUCGUCCUGAUGGUCAGGUGGUGUUGAAGCAGCUGGGAGAAUGUGGUUACAUGCCACCAGAUAAGGUCUCUGAGGUAUAAGUUCUCUUCAAAAGGCCACUAUUUUUGGACCAAGUAACUGGCCAGUAAAUUAUAUUUUGGUGAAAUUUGAAGUUCAUCAAGGCAAGCACAAUAUGCUGUCGGUGCUUUUAUUGUCAGAUUAUUAUUAUUAUUUUUUUUUUACUUUAGCUUUGUGUAUUGAGUGAUAAAAUGACUACUGUAUGCUUAUUGGGUGUUUCUGCCAGUGCUGGAACAAUCCUAGAGUUGAUUAUCACCUUAUUAAAGAGGAUGUCUGGUCCCUCCCAAAAAUAUUUGAGCUUUCGUCUUUAUUCAAGACAUUUUUAGAAUAUGGUCUCGAUUUUCGACCAAGGAAAAAUUUGUUCCCAAAGCCGGAUUUUUUUUUAAAUUACGGCUUUGGGAAUGCUUUUCCGAGCUAAUUUCAAUUCCAUCUAUCGGAGAGUUCCAGGUUUGAAGGAAUCCGGCUAACAGAGAUAUUACUGUAUGUAAACCUAUUUAUUUGAGUUUGUAAUACCAUAGCUUCCAUAAAGUUUGGAAUAAAAAUCAUCUAUCAA